AAAUUAAAUUUGAUAUUUUGUCAGAUGUAUAAGUGUUUGAACUUAGUGUAUAGUUAAGUUAAAAGUAAAAGUAAAAAUAAAAAUAAAGUUUAACAUCUUAUUAAACCAGCUUAUCCUUAGUUUAAUUUGAAGUCGAGCCUAAAAAAAUUGUAUCUACUAUGUUGUUAGAUGCUUAUAUUUGUGAUCAGCAAUGUGCUGAGCACAAAAAUAUUAAAUUUAGAAAAAUAAAUAGACCCACUUCGCUUUUACUUGUUAUUCUAAAUUCUGCUUUUGACUUUUCAAUCUUUUAAGGUAAUGGGUUGGGUAUAACAAAUGGCGAAAAUCACUUUUUUUACCUCUGGUUUGAUUAUUUGGACACCACAAGUUGACUUCCUGUUAAUACAGCUAGAAUUUCAGGGCCACAUAAAAAAAUGGCGACUUCGGUGACGUGGGGUCACUUAGAAUCUUAGGAAUCAUCAUACAUACAGUCUAAACUGCCUCCGAUAAUUGCUAUGGGAGAAAGAAAGUGAAGGGCUGUUGUUUUUUUUUUUGUUUUUCUCUUGUGGAGGUGAUUUCAUGAGGGACAGGAUUUUGUGAAUGCUUGUUUCUUGCUUCACGGACAUUAAAGAGAGUAUAAUGAAAAAGGAAAGUACCGUUUGAGGGUAUCUUCAAGAAUCUUUGACAACAGGUUGUUUGCAUCUGAAGACCGCAAGACUUGGAUUCUUCCUAGAGAUCACUGUCAUCUGAUGAAAAGCUGAGAUUUUUCAGUGGUUCUGGUUUGGAUUUUGAAAAAAAGAUUAUGAUGGAAGAUGGUGUUUUAUCACCAGGUAUGAUGCUGGGUGCAGCGGUUGAUUCAGCUAUGGACUUUGACUACAUGGAUGAAUUGUUGUUAGAAGGUUGCUGGGUGGAAACAACGGAUGGAUCUGAGUUUCUUAAUCCUAGUCUGUCGAAUUCUGCUGCCUUAUUUGAUCCUUCAUUUAUGUGGCCAUCUCCAGAGAUGAACAAUGGUAAUCCAGCGUCUAGUCUGUCCCAAAAGGGCAGUCAAGAAGUCAGCCAUAUACCAUUGUUGCCAGGGAAUUCUCCUAGUGAUAUCCAAUCCAGAAGUCCUGUUGGUGAGAUUGCGGUUUCGGCAGCUGGAUGGGAAUACAAUGCAACCGAAGGUUCUGAAUUAGGAAAACGAUGGUGGAUAGGACCUGCUCCGAAUCCAAGUCCUGGAACUACUGUGAAGAGGAGAUUAAUUAAGGCAGUGGAGUGCAUUAAAGAUUUAACGAAAAAUAAAGAUGUUCUUAUACAAAUAUGGGUCCCUGUUAAUAGAGGAGGCAGACGUGUUCUUACAACUCAUGAUCAACCUUUUGCUCUUGAUCCCAGCAGUGAGAGAUUGGCAAGUUACAGAGACAUAUCAGUUAAAUAUCAGUUUUCUGCUGAGAAGGAUUCCAAGGACUCGGUUGGCAUGCCUGGUCGGGUUUUCUUGGGUAAGGUUCCUGAGUGGACUCCUGAUGUUCGAUUCUUUAGAAAUGAUGAAUACCCACGAGUGAAUCAUGCUCAGCAGUGUGAUGUACGUGGAACUCUUGCCCUUCCUGUUUUCGAACAAGGUAGCCGGACUUGCUUGGGAGUAAUUGAGGUGGUGACCACUUCACAAAAGAUCAAGUACCUUCCGGAGCUUGAAAGUGUAUGCAAGGCUCUUGAGGCUGUUGAUCUUAGGAGUUCUGAAGUUCCAAGCAUACAGAAUCUAAAGGCCUGUGAUAUGUCUUACCAAGCUGCAUUACCUGAGAUUCAAAAGGUUCUGAGAGCUGCCUGUGAGACACAUAGAUUGCCCUUAGCUCAAACUUGGGUCCCGUGUAUACAACAAGGCAAGGGAGGAUGCCGGCAUUCAAAUGAGAACUACUAUCAUUGUGUUUCUACCGUGGAUGAUGCUUGCUGUGUAGGUGAUCCUGCUUUCCAGGGUUUUCUAGAGGCUUGCUCGGAGCAUCACUUGCUAAAAGGUCAAGGAGUUGUUGGGGAAGCCUUUAUGACUAACCAACCUUGCUUCUCAGGCGAUGUAACUUUAUAUGGCAAGACUGAGUAUCCUCUUUCUCACCAUGCAAGGAUUUUUGGACUGUGUGCUGCUGUUGCAAUCCGCUUGCGAAGCAUGUACACUGGUACAACAGAUUUUGUCCUGGAGUUCUUCCUGCCCGUUGAUUGCAGGGAUCCUCAAGAGCAGAAGACAAUGCUCACUUCACUGUCCAUCAUUAUCCAGCGUGUUUGCCAGACUUUACGGGUAGUAACAGUCAAAGAACUAGAGGAAGAAACUGAUUUGCCAGUUAGUGAAGUCCUAGUACCUUCGGAUGGUAGAUCUAGUGGAGAAGAGACGUCAACAGUUAAAGAGUCUUAUUCAGAAAGGAAUGCUAGAGAUAAUUCACCCUGGACUGCCUGUCUCCUGAAGGUCCAACAAAGUGAAAGUAACGCCUCUUUAUCUGAAAAAGACAAAGAAAAGGUAAUGUGUGAAAAAUCCUUUGAGUCCAGGCACAAUCAAGAAGAUUAUAGCCUAAGAGGGAGUACUAAAUAUGGCGGAGAUUCUACUUCUGCUGAAGGUAGCUUUUCAAGUGUCUGCAAGACUAAACCAGGAGAAAAAAGGCGCGCCAAAACAGAGAAAACAAUCACCUUGCAAGUUCUUCGGCAAUAUUUUGCUGGCAGCUUAAAGGAUGCUGCGAAGAGUAUUGGUGUUUGCCCCACUACAUUGAAAAGAAUAUGCAGGCAACAUGGAAUUAACCGCUGGCCUUCCCGAAAAAUCAAGAAGGUUAGUCACUCCUUACAGAAACUCCAAUGCGUUAUUGACUCGGUCGAAGGUGCCCCUGGCUCUGUUCAGAUUGGUUCCUUUUAUGAAAAUUUCCCGGAGCUCGCCUCACCAAAUUCAUCAAGAAAUAGCUCACUAUCAACUUUAAAUCCAAGCAGUCAUCCGAAACCAUCAGGCAUUCAGCUUGAGGGAGGUACUUUCAGCUCCCACGUUGCUGAACCAAAAUCACCUUCACCCUCAUGUAGUCUUAGUUCCAGUUCUAGCCAUAGCUAUUCCAGUACAACACAGCAAUAUCCUUCUGCCAUCACUGUUUCUGCUAGUGAAGACCCAAAGCUUGGAGAAAACUUAGGCAGUGGUGUUUUGAAGAAGAUCAGAAGCAAUGCAGAGCUCCAUGCAUCAAUUCUAGAAGAACGGAAGCUAAUGCUGCGAUCCCAGAGUCAUACAACUCUUACAGAACUGGGGAACCGUCCGCCCUUACCUAAAGAUAGUAGCCGAUUAUCUCAAGAGAUGGAUGGUCACAGAGUGAAAGUCUCGUUUAGAAAUGAUAAAAUCCGGCUCCGCAUGCCAAACAAUUGGGUAUUUAAAGAUUUAUUGCAAGAGAUCAUAAGACGGUUUAAUUUAGAUGACAUGCAUAGAUAUGAUCUGAAGUACUUGGAUGAUGAUUCUGAGUGGGUCUUGUUAGCAUGUGAUGAUGAUUUGGAGGAGUGUAUUGAUGUAUGCGGUUCAGGUGAUAACCAAACAAUUAAACUCUUGAUUGAAGUUUCUCCUCAUCCUUGAGGGAGGUCUUUGUACAACAGUGGGUAGUCUUGAUCUCUCCAAUCCUCCAUUGAAUUCAGCAUUGGAGUUCGACGUUAAAGUCUUUCCGGCGGGCAUGAAACUCGAGCAUUAUAGAUAGUUAAGUUGCUGGAAACAAUCAGAAUGAUUCCACGAACAGGGAAUACAAAGUUCACCGUCGUGAUCUGUAUAGAAGAGAUGACAUCAUAGGAAGCUUGUGUCCAGUUUUUUGCAAGGGUUGGGAUUUUUGGAAUCCUUUUAGAACAUUCGCUGAACAAACUUAGAACAUUAGGUGAACAAACUCAUGCAUCACUCGGUAGCCUGUGUAACAGAAGUUGAUGAACUUGCUUAUCUGUUGUUCAGAUUAUUUUCUCUCUGUGUAUUUGAUGGGGGAAGCAAGCAAUAAACUUCUCCCUUGUUCAUCCGCAGAAAUGUACUCUUCCUCGUCAGAACUAAAAUCUCCAGAUUAUAUUUUUUAAAAUAUUCCUUCUGUUCUUGUCA